CGCGCUUUUUUUUUUUUGGAGAAUAUUUGAUCGAAAUGUGAUUUUCGUUUGAUUGUUCUUCAUGCAAGUUUAAUAUGGCCCAAGAGCGAUCCAUUCCAGGAUGCCCUUGGGCAUUUGCUGACGAUAUGAGAGGAAUUAUUGACAAGAAAGAAUUCAGGUUUGUAAUGAACUAAAUAUCACAUUGAUUUGAUCGAGUUUGUUGUUCAAACUUGGCAACUGGUUGUUUGUCUUUUAUUUGAUCGUGAAAAGUAGUCAUUGACAACUUGCCAAGUCCUUGCCAAAAUUAACUUUACUUAAAUCUCAAAUCUUCACAUUCUCAUUGUAAGAUAAAUUUGGAUUGUACUCGAAUUUAUCUAAAUCUCAAAGGUGAGAAGAAAGAGUGGGCUGUGGUUAAUUAUCGAACAAGAUUAUUAACAGUCACUGUCAACCGUUUAAGAGGUAUUUUGAUCUAUACAAAUUACUAAAAUAAGAAAGAACACAGUGUAUGUGAUCUUGUUGUCAAUGAUUAAAAGCCAUAUUUUUCAUAUUAUGUACUGUCUGCAGUGAUGUGAAGUUCAUUGUCGGAGCAAACAGAAAAGUAGUUCGAGCCAACAAAGCAAUACUAAUGGCUAGGUAUGUAAGACAUCAUGAGUGUAAUCGUUGAUAUUGUUAGGCCCCAGAUCAGAUGCCAUACAUCAUGUGAGCUGAAUCAAAUUCAGCAAAUUAAGUUGGUGUCAAAUACAGCAUCUAAAACCUCAUUUACACACACUAAAAAAAUGGGCAUGACAUACCAAAUUUUGGGUACUGUGCCUCGUUUACCCGUUCUGAGACUACCUCCGGGAGGUAGUCUCAGCACCCGUAAAAUUUUGAGCACUGGUGCCACAUUUCAUUUGGGACCGGUACGUUUACCUGUCGAAAUUGGGAGUGCCGUGUCUUAAAAUCUUCAGCACGGUGCCAAAAAUUUGGCGUGCCAUGCCGAUUUUUUUAGUGCGUGUAAAUGGGGCUUCAAUCAAUUCAAAAUGGCUAAUUGAUGAUGAAUGUGGAUCAGCUCAGAUAGGCUUGUGGACCAGCGUUGAUUCAGAUGUUGGACUUUACAUGAGCCAAAGCAAAUGCAAUGAUGCAUAAUUUUUCAUGCAUGACUGAAAUGCACAGUUUUCCCCUUUUGAAUUUAUGAUAGUUCUAGUAGACUGCAUCCUUGGAGACCCAGGGGCAGUUAGUCGCGAUGAUACAAUUUUCACGGUGAAAGUUUACUGUAAGCUGGAACAUUGUAUUGUCCUGACUAACUGCCCCUGGGUCUCCGAGGAUGAGAAGACUGUAGUAGUUGAUUAGAAGUUUGAGUGACAACUGUAUUGUCAUAACUUGGUCAAGGAGUGAUCAAGGGUAAUGCAGGUUUGACUGCAUAGUAACCUGAGAAAACAGCUACAAUGAGGGACAAAAGUGUUGGCACACUUCCGUAAAAUGGCCCCUUUUUGCAUAGUGGAUAUACUUAUCCCAUUCCCCUGUCUACCCCAACCCCUUCCCCCCCAAAAUCAAUGUUGAAUUUUGGACCCUCAACUCUUUUUUUUACUUCAGACAACAUUGAUUCGGGGGGUGAGGGGAUUUACGGCGUUUAAAAAGAAUGAAAUAAUAGAUGAAUUAAAUGUUUACUAAAAGCACCCAUUUUAAACAAGUGUGUCAACUACUUUUGUCCCUGAUUGUAGUAUUUCACAGUGCUACCACUGGUUCUCCCCAAACCCCCAAAAGGACGUCUAAGGAAAAACUGCAAAAGUUCCACACUGGUGAAUUUCACAACCCAGAUCUGGAUUGUGCCUCUGAUUGGUUGAAACUUUGGAAAUUUCCUUUGCAGCCUGACCAUUCAAAAGCACUACUCAGAUUUGGGUAGUGACACUUUAUUUCUGGGAUUGUUCCUCAGAAGUCAUUUGUAAGGGAAACCAGUGGUGACGCGAUGAAAUCUCGGCUGUUCUUCUCAGACUAACUGUCUGGUAGAUUUGUGUGAUAGGCUGCUGUCGCAUGCAAAGAAAGUAGUGCCUGAUAGCCCGGGGCUAGUGUAUUUUCUAUUGGGCUAGUGAAUUCUGUUCUUAACUUGCCUGUUGAGCAAGUGAAGUUUUUUGGGGAAUUCAAAUUCCAAAAGAACUGUGAAAUCAAUUCUGCUUGUCAAAAAGGUUUUGGGGCUAGUUGAAAUGAUGUUUGGGCUAGUAUAUGCUAGCCUCAGUUUGCCCAAAUGGCAAACUCUAAAAAUGACUUUCUUUGCACCCUGUACUGUCUUUUUUUUUCUCUUGGUCACUAACUCCACCUGAAAUACUCUUAAUAGAUCAGUACUUAGCUGUUCACCCGCUCUCUUUUGAUAAAGGUGUGAAGUUUUCAAAGCAAUGCUGUUGGAUCAAAAAGACAAUGCCAGACAGAAACCUGAUCAACAGGAUGUACCGCUUGUUCUAGCUGAUGUCACACCUGAAGUCUUUAUGUCUCUUCUGGAAUUUCUUUACACCAAUACAUGCACUUUGAACAGUAAAAAUGUGAGUCUGCUUUGUUCCUUUGUCCUUUUGGGGGAGGGUUGGUGAGUUUGCAUAAGAAGGUAACUUCCCUUCCUCCCCUCCCUAGGGAUCAGUAUUAGAUAAUUAAACAAAUAAGACCACUGUUGGCAUGAUUUUUGUAAAUAUUGUAAAAUGAUUAUUGCUUAAAACUGGAAUGGGCAAUUUUGGACCAUCUGAAAAUCUAGCCUGUAUAGCAGGAGCAUCAAAAAUAUUGUGGGACUUACAGUGUGUCCAGCAAGCCCCAGUCUUUAUAGCUCCCUAAAUUUUUUGUGUUCCAAUCUUUGAUUUUUCAUGUUUCAAUCUUACAAAUUUUCACAUUCUAAUCUUACAGUUUUUACGUUCCAAUCUUUCAUUUUUCACAUUCCCAUCUGUCUUGUACAACCCUCCAAGUUAAAGUUUUUCCUUGGUUGCCAUUUGGCAACCAACUCUUUUGGUUUAGGGAGACCUUUUUACAAAUCAAGUCGCCAGCUCCAGAAUUUUAGGCGCCAUGGUGUCCAAAAUGGUUGCUACUUGGAGGGUUUUUGUACCCUAUAUUUUUCAUGCACCUUCACUCUAUUAAAGUAUAAACUUGCCUGAUAAUAAUGUAAUUUUCUUGUAGGUAAUGGAUAUAAUGGGGUGUGCCAUGGAAUACAAUCUGGAGCAACUUCAAAAGGUGAUUUGCUGUGAUUUCUUUCAGUUCUUCAGCCCAUUUACUUGUUAAAUUUGCCACAAGUCUACCUCGUGAGUAUUGCAGCAGAAAAGCUAUAAAGUGAGCGGACUGAGUUUCUUAGGCCUCAAAGUGGCCAAGGGAACGAUGGAGUAAUGAGUGCUCAGGGCUCGAAAAGAGUCCCGUCUGGAGAUCUGAGGCAAGUAAGUUUUAAAACUCACUCACAUCCUCUAAAAAAAUCAGUAAUUAAGACAAGCAAGAAGCUAAGUGUUCCCAGGAAAGCACUGGAAGUCAAGUUUAGUUCAAGCCCUGGAGGUGUGACAGAACAAAACCGCACGACUACGAAGGACUUAGUGUGCAUGUGUGCUUCUCUUUGAAUGGCUGACUUUUUCUUUGUUUUUUUUUUUUGUAGAUUUGUGAGCAGUUCAUUGGUGAAACACUGGCAAUAGAGACAGCCUCUGAAGCUAUGCAGGUUUGUAAAUGCAUAUGUUUUAUCGUUGGUUCAAGUAUUAAUCCCCUUGUUUCAAACAUUAUUGUGCAUUAUCAUACCCAAAACAAACAACAAUAUAAUAAUAUCUGACACUCACUCACUCACUCAGCCUCUACACCCUGGCUUGGACAUAAGACCUUCGCAUGUCACCACACAACCCCAUCCUGGGCUUUGCCCUGCGCUAACCCUAAUUGCAGGUUAAGUGUUAUAAUAUUUGAGCUAAGGAUAAAAUUGACCAAUAAUAUGGAAAUCAUGUGAUUAGAAAAUAUAGCCCCCUUGCUUGUAUAAUUUUCAUAGAUGCAGGUUUUACACGUCUUUACCUGCGUUUGUUAUGUUUUUCUCAGUGCGCGUACUGUCAACGCAAAAGAAACAAAAGAACCAAACAAUAGAGUUCUCCUGAAGGCUUUAUUGUUUGUUGUAUUGUUUCUUUUGUGGUACGUAAUCUGAGCCUCUGGUACCUACAGAAGGAACCCAUAUGAUUUGUGUGGUGUGUUUUAUUUAUAUUUUGAGCUAAAAUGGUUUGCCAGAGACAGCUUUAGCAAAACACUUAACGCACAUUUUGUCCUUUUCACCUAGAUUGCUGUUACUUAUGGACAGGAAGAGUUAAGAGAACGCUGUUUAGAAUUCAUUGAAGAAAACACCGAAAGUGUUUUCAGAACAAAAGGUUUUCAUGAGUUGUCCGAGGAGGCUUUGGCACAACUACUCCAAAGUGAUAAACUGAUGAUGGAUGAGUUGGAGGUUCUUGCAGCCGUGAGGGAAUGGGCCACAGUCAAUUCUGUAAGGCACUGUGUUUACUCCUAAAGUAAACUUUUAAUACAUAGGGGCUGUUUUUAUUUUAUUUUAUUUUCCACACAAUAAUAGAAAAUGAAUUACAAAUAAGAUAGGAUAGGAGAAAAAAGAAGUGGCGAGGAGACCUAACAGAAAUUAUAGGAGCUUAGGAGAGGUUAGGCCUCCUCGAAUUUUGGGCUAGAGCUGGUUACAUCUAUUGAAGAAAAGAUGGUGAAAAGUUGUAGAUGGAAAGAUUUAUAAUCGGUUUUCAUAUUUACUUAAUAAUUUAAUCUUCAGUUUUUUCUUAAUUGUUAAAAGUUGAUGACCUUGUUGUCAAGUGAAUUAAAAAACUUAGGUCCUUGAAAAGAAGGCGAGAAAUUCUUGUUUACAUCAUACCAUAAUGACUUUCAUUCUGGAGAAGUUUGAACUGCAUUCACAUGAUAAAAUUGACUGUCUUGGUCUAAGGCGUUCUCGCUUGCACUAGAUCAGAUACGUAAUGUGCCUUUUGCCCCCCAGACUACACGUUUUGCGAUUUUCAAUUACGAACAAAGUUCGUUUUCAGCUUGCAUGAUGCCAGAAUGAAGUUUCUUACCAGAAAAAGAAUUGUAUUUGGAUUAAAAAACCUGAUUGAACUCAUUCCGAAAUGACUUUUACAAGAAAAAAAUGUUGUUUCGGUAUCAUGUAAACAAAAUAUAUACAGAGAAUUAUAUGGAGAUGAGAAGAACUCGUUCCAGAAUGAAAGUCAUUCCGCCAAACAAUAAAAUCUGAAUCUAAAUCUGAAAUCUUUGUGUGACUAACUAGUUCAUGUGCAUACCUUUUCUACCCUAAACCACUUCAUGCUAAGCAGUGGCCUUAAUAUUUAAACUUACAGAGAGUCUCUAUAUGUAGAAGUUUGCACUCUUCAGGCUCUAUAAGAUUACAAGUUCCUCUGGAUAGUGGAACAUUCCAGGACACUGCGGCUGCCCUUUUUAAUAACCUUCCUGAUAAUCGUAAAAAAUGUGACGAUUUUAAUCUAUUAGUUCGCGCAUUUUUAAAUUCUUAAAGAACCGGACACAGGCCAGCUUAUCUUCUUUAAGUUUUAUUCAUACGAUCAUUGUAAGUACUUUCUCUUUUAAUCGUUAUUUAUUCUAUGUUUUAGUAUAUUUUUAUUGUAAAUAUUUGAUACAUAUUUUUAUUUUAUAGUUAUUAGUAACAGAUGAGGAGCCACAAUGUGGAAACCCUGUCAUUAAACCGAUUACUCAACAUCAGUUCUCCCAAAAAACAACCAUGCAUGACCAGAGUGCCCCUUAAGAAACAUACUGCUCGCCAUCUAAAAUUUUUGGGUUUACUCCAGAAAGAUCUCUGCUAGCAACACUUUUUUUUCACUGAGGUGCGUUUUUCUUUUUUGUGUUUCUUAUUACAGGUUGUUCUUGGUAAGUCAGUAGCCGAGGUUGCUCAGAAUGUGAUCAAACAUGUCAGGCUGUCAUUACUAACACCAGAAGAGCUGAAACAAGUUGAACAAGAAAACGAGAAAGAUAAAAUGAUUCCGGUAAGCGCGAGAUUUUUAAUUUGGUUUACGGUCGUUUCGCUACAAGUCGUUUCGCUGCAUCAUAAAGUCGAUUCGCUGCAACCAACUUUUUUAUUAAACCGUCUUGAAAUACACCAUUAAUUUGACCAGAGAGAUUUAGGCCAUGUUCUCACUCACUACCGGAUAGCUCUUGCGUCGGCGGGAAAACCAUACCGGACAGGCCACCUGUUCACACAUAAGAACGGUGAUUUUGGCGCGAUUUCUGUAACGGCGCGCCUAUCUCAAAAGCGGAGAGUCACAUACCGGAUAGGUGCUCACACUAUAACAGAUAGUUUUUUUGUGUCGGCAAAAAAACCUAUCCGGGACAGUGUGAACAUACCCUUAGAAUCACGUGUACGGCAAACGUCAAUUUGUAUCACUUGACCAGGAUUUCCCUUUUCUUGUCGUUUACGGUUCAUUAUAUUUACCCGAAAAUAAGACGUUUUGCGCCAGAUUCAUGCAAAACAAUUAUCUAGCACCAUUUUAAUCUGCUUAUUUCGUUAUUUGAGAAGUUUUGUCUUUGAUCUGAUGUUCGCCGUUUGCUGUUAACUUCAAUCUAAAUCUCAUUCUCCCCACAGUUGAGUCCACACUCUGUGCUGUCGGUUUUGUUUGGGAACGUGCGCGCUACAAACGAGAGGUGAACCCGCGAGAAUAAUGGGGAAAAGGUGACGAGAGAAACUUUUUUCGCGGUUCCCCCGCUCGUUCGAACGCGCUUUCCAACAAUACCGUCAGUUACGUAGGCUGGUUCACCAGCGUUUGGGCUCGAAGGCUUGAACAGGUAGCCAAUAAACAGCGCCUCUAGGAAAUGCUGCUCUGUAGCUUUCAUUUUAGCUUACUAAAAGGUCGAUAACAGCUCACAAGGAAGUUUACAUGCCCCCAUCUUAUUUCCGCCCUAGAUUAAACAAAUUUCCGAAGCGUGGAAAUACCAUGCGCUGAGGAAAUCGCCCAAACAUGGCGCCACAGUCCCAAGGCCACGACCGCGCAGAGGAACCAAGCCACGAGAAAUGUACACAGAGGUCCACUAAGUCCACUCAUAUCCUGAGCCUCUGGAAAUAAGGACCAUCGCCAGAAACCGUAAAUGGUUCCUUUCCUCGCAGGCCCUAAGAAGUUGGACCCUAUCGCAUGGCGGCGUAUUGAGGCAUUUCCACAGGAAAGUACUGUUUAAUAGCUUUUAAUGGUCAUGGCUUCCGAAGCGAAUUUUCUCAGUCUAGUCAUGGAUUAAGAGAAAUCUAAAGUUUCUUUUUCUUUUGUUUCAAAAUGUUUUCACUCUGUGAAUGGUUAAAACGGUUAGUUUUUAGAGUGGUGUGGUGCCGUCAGUAACGAAACGAAUGGCAGAAAUUUGACUUUUCUCAGCUGAGUCGUUAAAGCAAAUUGGCGGCCUAAGGCUAGGAAUUCAUAAGUUUAUCUUUCUCGCCCGAGCCCAUAUCGGAUUCGCUGGGAACAAGAAGGGUAGGUGUAGCUGUCGAAACGCCAGCUAAUAAAUGUCUUCCAGAACGUUCAACAAUUUACGUUACUGGUCAGCUUAGUUGAUAAAGCUUGUAAUUUUUUUUCUGUUGGGGUAACUGACACAAGAAGUAUCAUUUGGUGUACAAAUCUCCCUCGUGCCAGACGUUAACUGCUACAUUGAAACUCCGAUAUAAAAAAGUCCCUAUAAUAGACUAGGGACUGGAACAAUACUAUGUUGCUGUCUUUUCACAUUUUUAUUAUAGCUAGAACGAAGUGUUUUAAUUCCUUAUACUGAAGUGUUUGUACUGGUUAUAAAGUAGUUCGCGGAAGAAAUUCGAUCGAUCUCGAUCCCGAACCUUCUCUCUCCCUCUUCCCUUUGGCAAGUUGAUGAUGAUGUCCGGGCCAAUUAUAAAGAUCAUAUCAGGGGCACCCAGCUUCAAGUUUUGGAAAAUAUCUGUUCGGAAGACGAUUUGAGAUCUAGAAUUUUCGGAAAACUGAGUUGUUGUGAAAUUUCUUGCUUGCGUGCCUCUCCUAGGAUUUUCGAACAUCUAAAAAAUGGUUUAAUUGCCCAUUUUUAACGGAGUUUUACCCUAAAAAGGUUACCUAGAAUUUUCGGGACCUUUUUUUUGGCUGAAAAUUUCGAAACGGUAAGUUUUGAUCCCUAUGAUUUUCGGAUCACUAGACUUUCAGCUGGGAAAUCCGAACAGAUGAAAAAUUUUAGGGGAUAAAAAUAUGCCUAUAUCUACCGUUUAAAUAUUAAAAUACGUUUGACAAUGCUAUGUUUAAGUGGUUUUGAACUAUAUUCUCUUUGGGUACCCCUGAUCAUAUCCGUUCAGUCAAACUCCACCGAUUGUCCGAUACAAUCUCACUCCAAUUGCUAUUUGGCGUGGGUUCUUCCACGUCAAACGUAGUCACUAGAAGUUUGUUAUAUCGGGGUCUCAUUGUAUUCAGUAAUAACUAAGUCAUUAUCCACUUAAACGUCGGAUUGUGACUUAUCCGGUGGAGAACAUUAUACACAUAGGACAAAUACCCCGUACCAUUUUACUUUAGUUAUUUAACCUUUACAUCGCGAAUUAUUAGGUCAAAGGCAUUAGCUACAUCGGUCUCUGUUUGUGACAAGCAAAGAUUUCAUAGAGUUCUUGAACAUUAAUUGUAUCGGAUUUGUGGCUUUUUGAACUUACGCUGUCACCUGAGACGCUUUCAAGAUCAUUCGUUUUAAAACAGCGAUAAAAGAAUGUAGAUUUAUUUUCUCUUUUCUUGCGUACGUAAUUUCGGUUUCAAAAUACGCUGUUUAGUUAUCUGAAGAAAAAAAUCCCAGUGAAGGAAUCAUCGUAAAAGCGAGACUAACUGUCUGACUUGAACUAAUUUUAGGUCUGUAAGUCGAUAUCAAUAAUUCGGCCACAAGUACUGUUGUCUCCAAAUUUUUAAUAUUCAGAUUUCUCAAAAAAAUAGAAGGAGAAGAAACUAAAAUUAGUCUUAUUGUUUGGCAAAAACAACCAAUUUAUUUUCUCUAAAGAAACUAUGAUAUGCCUUUUAACCAAGCAGGUCGUUUAUUGUACAUAUUUAAUAAGAUUUUUUUUCAUCUCUAGAACUGAAGAACUUUAAAAUUUCUAUUCCUAAAUUUUUCUUUCCAGCUACACGACAAACGUCAACUAAAUGUAAAUUUCUUGUUGUAAGUUAUCUCUAUAGCUACAGGGUUUAAAAUAUCACCAGGUGAGAGGUAACAAUAUCAGUGAUAUUUGUUUCUCGCAGUAGAUCGUCGAAAGGACUAACUUAAUUUGAAAACUCGUGUAUUUACUGUUUCCAUUUUCAUAGUUAACAAGUACAGCUGUCGGUUGUGGGUAUCACUCAUUGGAAAUUUCCUCUUUAUUUUUUUCUUGCCUCUUUUUGUACUAAAGAAAACAAAUGUGAAGACUAUUUUUUGAUAACAUUUAAUUUCCAAGUGAAAUUAUUUUAUGUCGUUUAUAUUUGUUAGUUUA